AUUGCCAGUGAGAAGCAAUCAGAGUAGUGAAACUGGGAAAGUAACAUUAUGAAUUCUUUAACAGGAACAAAAAGUUCUUGGCAGCCAAUCAUGACUGCAGAUACAACAGCCUCGAGUUACUGGCUUAACUGGAGGGUUUUGCUUUGUUCUAUAUGGGUCAUGAUCUCCCUGGCUCUUUCAGUACUUCUCAUAUGGAGAUUUGAAGGGCUUCGAAACUCGAGGCGUAGUAAUAACAGCAGAGUAACUCAGCAAGAAGAAGAAGAAACAAUUGGAACUUUGUUUGAGGAUGAAACUUGGAGACCAUGCCUCAAAGGAAUCCACCCAGCUUGGCUUCUGGCUUUUAGACUUGUUGCUUUUGUUGUGCUUUUGGUUCUGCUCAUCAUCACAGCUUGUGUUGAUGGAGGUACCAUAUUUUAUUUCUAUACACAGUGGACGUUCACAUUGGUUACUGUUUACUUUGGGCUUGGAUCAUUGCUCUCCAUUCGAGGAUGCUACCGAUACCAUAAGAAAACUGCUGGUGAAAGGGUUGGUAAUGUAGAGCUAGAUACAGAACAGGGCACCGUAGAGAAAUCCAUAGUCUCUCAUGUUGCACAACAGAAUCAACCACGCCAUCCUGCAGGCAUUUUGGGUUAUGUUUUCCAAAUAAUUUUCCAGAUGAAUGCAGGAGCUGUCAUCCUCACAGACUGCGUCUUCUGGUUCAUAAUCGUUCCAUUUCUUACAAUCAAAGAUUACAACUUGAACUUUCUGAUUAUAAACAUGCACACAAUCAAUGCUGUUUUCUUGCUUGCUGAAACUGCUUUGAAUAGCUUGCCAUUUCCUUGGUUCAGAAUAGGAUAUUUCUACCUGUGGACAAUUACCUAUGUAAUAUUUCAGUGGAUAUGUCAUGCUUGUGUCAGAAUUUGGUGGCCAUAUCCAUUUCUCGACUUGUCAUCUCCAUAUGCUCCAUUGUGGUAUUUGUCGGUCGGUCUACUGCAUUUCCCAUGCUACGGCAUUUUUGCUCUGAUAAUGAAGCUGAAACACCACUUGUUUUCGACAAGGUGCCCUGACUCUUAUCAAUGCGGGAGGUAACUUGGAUUACAGAGUAGCUGAUUGAAGACCUACAGAUGUAGAGUAUAGUACCAAGAAAAUACUUGUAGAUGAAGGAGAGACUAGGAGAACAUGCACAUAGCCACCAGAUGGCACAUUUCAGAACUAUGGAUUCAUAUGCCUUCCACACGGAUUCAUUGAAGAUGUUGUUUGGUACUUGGUAGUUUAGUUAUACAAA